GCCCUGCGCGCCCAGGCUCGAGCCGCCAUCGCGCGCGCGGAAGCCGAAACCCACGUCGCGACAGAGAAGCGAGUCGUGGCCGAAACCCGGCGCGCGAUGUGGCGGGACGGAUGGGAGGGACUGAGAGGGCUGUUCUGGCGCGACAGGUGGAACGUGGUGGCGAUUGUGAACCUGGGCGUCCUGUUUUUGACGUGUUUGAUGUGGCUGGCGCAUGCGCGGGAGCUGGCGAUUUGGAAGUCGGCGAAUGCGCCGCUGCAGAGAGCUUUCUACGUCAAUACGAUGCAGCAGCCUGCACUUUGCUUCAGGCGGCCGUCGUGGGCUCUGCUGUGGGAGUUCAUCAUUGCGUUUUUGACGGGAAAGUUGUUCAUGGGAAAUGAAAGGGGGAGUUUACUAUAAGGGGUUUGUGUUAGUAGUUGGAAGAUUAGUCGGGAUUAGGUACUUGUGAUGUUAAAGAGUUAAACCGAGGCUCAUUUGUUAAGUUAGAACUACGGGAUGGACGGUGUAUGAAUGAGGUUUAAUUUGAUUUAUUUCAUCUUGCUAUCUUCGGCGUAAAAUACUUGAUCCGGUUAUAUGUCACUUUUUAGAAGAUAGGUAUAUCGUAUUCUUUUGAAUAGUGAAGAUGUGAGCUGACAAAUGAAUCGUGUUUGGGCAUAAUAUUGGAACUGAU